AAAGAAUCGGGGAGGAGGGAGUGAUGAAGGAAGGGAACAGCACUAAGAGAUGGACGGUCAGAGUAGGUCUUCAAGUUUUGAGUGAGCUACCACAAUCUCCAAAACUGAAGGAAGCCUCGAGCUUCACAGCCGGCCCUUCAGACCUCAGCCUCUCUUCCCUCCUUCUGUUCUAAAGCUUGCUCUUGGCGGAGAGGGACCUGGCUCCGUCUGCGCUGCCACAACGCUGACUCUCCCCCUAAAACGUGGAUCCGGGUCUUCGGGGACCUCGGCUUACCCACCAGCAGCUAAAGCCCUCGGCUUGGUCGGAAGACAGGGCUCUGAGGCUCCAAACAAAGUGUAACCAAGGCAACAGCCAAUCCCAAGGAUGAUCGUCCAGCUUUUCUUACUGGUGCCCCAGUAGGACAAAUUAUACCCUAUCGCAAUUGGAACUAACGCUGUGUCUCAGGAACUUGAAUCAUCAGUUUCUGGGGAAGAAAAGAAUGUUGAGGAAAAGCAAACCAUUAAUUUUAAAAUACUUUCUUAAUCUUAUUAAUGGAGCUUUCUUGGUUCUUGGACUUUUACUCAUGGGAUUUGGUGCAUGGCUUUUAUUAGACAGAAAUAAUUUCUUCACUGCUCUAGAUAAAAAUAAUCACUUGAUAGUAUACAUUUUUGGAAUUUUGGUUGGAACUGGAUCAGCUAUUGUUUUUCUUUGUCUCUUGGGUUAUUUGGGAAUUCACAAUGAAAUCAGAUGGCUCCUAAUUCUGUAUGCAGUCCUGUUACUGUGGGCCUGUGGUGUUCAGGUUGCACUUUCAGCACUCGCCUUCACAAAGAAAGAGGAGGUUCACCAAGUAUGGCAUGAUGAAAUUGAUUUAAUCAUUUAUCAGUAUGGGUCUAAAGAUAUGCCUGAAGACAUACCUAAGUGGACUGCUCUGAACACUUUACAGAAAACAUUACAGUGUUGUGGCCAACACAAUUACACAGACUGGAUAAAGAAUAAGAAUAAAGAAAAUUCAGGACAGAUACCAUGCUCUUGCACGAAUUCCACAUUAAGAAAUUGGUUUUGUGAUGAGCCAUUGAACACAACUUACCUAGAGGGUUGUGAAAAUAAAAUCAAUGCAUGGUAUCAAGCUAAUGUUUUAACAUUAAUUGGAAUUAACUUCGGACUUUCGGUUUCAGAGCCAAAGCUGUCUUGGUUGUGAGAAAAUGAAGAAAGGCUAGAAUAACUGUGGGUCCUGCAUUGCUCCCACCUCUACAGAAGAUUCACUCUCAUUUAGUAAUUCAAUCCUAUCUCUUUUCAUCUACCUACUCAGUACACUGCAGAUCUUAGAGACCUGUAGAGUUUUCUUGAGUCAGCAAAAAAGGAAAAUAGAAUAACUAUUUUCUCAAAAGUGAACUAUAAAUAAACAUGCCUUAUGUUCUUUAAGGAAAUUUCUCUUGGGAUUUAAAGCUCAUUUUCCUACUUUCUCUAACAUAUACCACAAGAACACUGAUAGCAAAAACCUCUCUCCUACUUGGUAGUUGAAAAUGAACUUACUGGUAAUUAAAUAAAUAUUAUAGAUUGAUUACACAUAUUUGUCUUUGUAUCAAGGAAAAAAAAGGGUUCUCUAGAUACUACAUUGCCUAUUUUAAGUUAAGACAGUUAAUUCACAAAAAAUGCACCACUGACUGAAUGUAUCACCUUUAUGGUUAUAAGGACUAUUGCUUUGAAGGACGUCGCUUGACACCUUUAGUAAAAUAAGGACUUGUUGGGUAAGAUAAAAUAGAAUACAUCAAGAUUAUCUCUAACUUUUUUUUAAAUUUUUGAGAUGGAAAACCUAGUAAGUUCUGAAAAUCAAUCUGGAUCGAAAGUGAGCCAUUCAAUUUUAGUUAAAAUUUAGGGUAACAACUAAUCCUGACUUCCCCUUCAAGCUGUCAUAUCAUGGACAAAAACACAUUUAAUUUGUUUCAGUCUCCUGGCUUAAUUAUGUUUUCAAAAUUCAGAGCAAUUUUGUGAAGUGAUAAACUUUCAAAUUCUUCUAGAUAAGGAUAUGUGCAUUCAGUCAACCAGCACUUAUGGAGCACCUGCUCCAUGCCAGGGUCAUUACUAACUCUUGGGAUAUGAAGAUGAGGAGACACGUGUAUAGUUCCUCUACAGGGUUGGCUUCAGGAGCACACAGCCUGCCCUUAGAAGAGCUCCCCCCUUGGUUUAACACUUCGCAAUUGCCAUCUGGAUAUUUUAAUCAUUUUGGAACAAGGGAUGUCAUAUUUACAUUUCAUACUGGGCUCUGUAAAUUCCAUUGCUGGCCCUGUCAGUAGUGGUAAACUCAGAAUCAAUCACACCACCUAAUGUGGACAAAUCAGUUUUCUAUAUGUGAUCAUUUUUAUGGACACUCAAGAAAGCAUCCCAAAGUUUGUCUUAGAGGAUUGGAGAGUACUCCAAAAAGGAGAACCAUUCAUUCAACAAUUAUUGAGAGACUGUUAUGUGUUGAGCACUAUUCCAGGUGCUAGAGAAACAAUAGUAAAUAAAACAAAAGAAAACUUUUCCUCAUGGAGAUUGCAUCCAAGUCAGGGGAGCCAAACAACAAAGCCAAUAUAUGAGAUGGUGGAAAGAGCUACAUGGUAAAAAUAAGUUA